AAUCCCCAGGAGCGUCUGAGCCGGGAGACGGCCCUCCAGCAGAAGCAAGUGUCCCUGGAGGCCUGGCUGCAGCGUGAGGCCCAGACGCUGCAGCAGUACCGUGUGGAGCUGGCCGAGAAGCACCAGAAGACCCUGCAGCUGCUGCGGAAGCAGCAGACCAUCAUUCUGGACGACGAGCUGAUCCAGUGGAAGCGGCGGCAGCAGCUGGCAGGGAACGGAGGGCCCCCCGAGGGCAGCCUGGACGUGCUGCAGUCCUGGUGUGAGAAGUUGGCCGAGAUCAUCUGGCAGAACCGGCAGCAGAUCCGCAGAGCGGAGCACCUGUGCCAGCAGCUGCCCAUCCCCGGCCCAGUGGAGGAGAUGCUGGCUGAGGUCAAUGCCACCAUCACAGACAUCAUCUCAGCCCUGGUGACCAGGUGAUAGCUGCCUCUGGCCACGCCCAGGCCCCCGUGGAGUUGGCGCGGGGGAGGCAGGGGAGAUUUGCCCAUUGGGGUGGCGGUGGGGGGGGCUCUCGUUGGCCUCCUUGUCUUUUUUGCCUCGGGCCCCCAUCCCCCUCUGUCCUCAGUUGCAGUGGCUGCUUGGUGUUGCCCUUGCCCGGUGUCUGUUGUGGACGCGUGGACUGCCCUUGUCCCCCGCAGCCCACGCCGGCUGCCGAGUCAUGUCACUGUCUCCCCUCCCACCACCUCCUCUGAGUCUCAGCGGCCUCCCUGGGAACAGGAGCUGCGCCGCGUGCCCUUCCUUUGCCUGCUGAUCCCGGGAGCCUCCCCACACCGGGGGGGGGGGGCCG